AUGCUGACCUCCAAGCGCUUCGUGUCCUCGAACGAUGGAGUCCAGAUCUGCACCUAUUCGGGGGGAAACGCCAACGGGCCGGCUCUCGUCCUCAUCCCUGGGUUCUGCUGCACCUCGCUGGCGUUCGAGAAGCAGUUCUCCGAUACAGAUCUGUUGAAGGAAUUGCACCUGGUUACAUAUGAUGUUCGUGGGCAAGGUCAAAGCGGCCAACCACUUGAUGCGGAAGCGUACGAGUCCAUUCGCCACGCCGAAGACUUCAUGGCGGUAUGUGAUGCAUAUCACCUGGACAAACCAUUUGUGGCAGGAUGGAGCUUGGGAGGGAUUAUCCCAGCUGAUAUAGCGACGCAUUACGGAACAGAUAUAAUCAGCGGCGUCAUACUCUUCGGCGGGUUUCCAUACCGUUCAAUGGAUCCCCUCGUCGCGCAUCCGGACGUUCAGAGCUGGCUACCAGAUUUCCUGAGCGAUGAGGGAUGCGUGAAGUUUGUCGAAUCGUGCGUGGCUCCGCCGGCAGACGAGUCUGUCUUGCCGUACGAUACCAAGAUGAUGUGGAUCGGCGCGGCCGCGAGCAUGCAUCCCCUCGCUCGAACCCACGUCACGACGCGCGCACAAGACGAGACUAAGCUUCUCGAAGGGGCGACUGAGUUGCCGUACUUGGUGUUGCAAGGCGAGAUGGACACACACAUACAGUGGCGGAAGAUGCAGGCGUUCAUGGGCGAGCAUUUCUCCAAGGCCGAGUUUGUAUUAUUGGAGGGCUGCGGGCACGCCCCAUUUUUUGAGCAGCCUGACAGAGUCAAGAUCGCGCUGUUGUCCUUUGUCCGUAGGCACCGGGGUGUGUAG